AUGCUGGGAUCCCCUGGUGAUCAGAAUGCCACAUUAAUCAAUACCAUCCUUGUCACAGCAGGCGCUCUGCUAAUCACUUUAUAUUCCGUGAUCCGGCCCUUCGUUAAAAGCUCAUAUACUCCGAAAGGCUGCCGCAUCCUCGGGCUCCUAACAAGCCAAACUAAUCUACACGAUGAAUUCCACCCAGAAUACAGCCAGGGUGUUCCCGAAGGCAGCAUAGACGAGCAAGGACGCCCAGCGUGGCGCGUGAAAGCACUCUUUACCUAUCCUCUUAAGAGCUGUGCAGGCGUUGAACUCAAUGAAGCCGAUGUCAUCGCCACAGGCUUUGCCUUUGAUAGGCAGUUUUGCUUUGCAGAGGCGGAGCCUUGCAAGGACCCCAAAGAUGGGUCGACUUGGGUAGCCCGUACUCUUCGCAAUCGCGGCUUUAACAGGCUUGCUCUCGUUCGUCCGGAGAUUUGGAUCCCUGAUCCAGAUGCGCCGGGGUACAGUCCUGAGCUUGCAGAGAUUAAGUCACGCGGUGUUAUGGUGAUAUACUACCCCCGUGUUGGCCGCAACUCGCUACAUUCGGCCAUUAUCAAAGCCGGCACUUACUUCAACGUCAUCCCAAGGGAAACCUCAUUCAUGGUGCCCCUUCAUCCUCCCUCUUGUCGAAACCAACAGCCCACUUUACCACUUACCCCUGUCAAAAUAUGGAAAGAUAAUCCCCUAGCGUACAACUACGGCCAAUUCAUCCCACCCUCCUUUCACCGUUUCAUCGUCCCGCAUGAACCAGGUCAGAGUCAUGACCGUCAUAUAACCUUGUUCCGUGUAAACCCAUCCCACACCAGAGAAAUCUAUCGCAACGCCCCUCGCAAACAGGAUCUUGGCUUCCAGCCUACGACCGGCUUCGCAGACGCAUACCCAAUUCACCUCCUUGGCCUCGCUAGUGUAAGAGACGUUAACUUGCACUGCGUGGAUGAUAUCCAGCAUUUGAGUAUUCGGCGCUUCAGAGCAAAUGUUAUCAUCCAGGGUCCUGGGGCGUUUGUGGAAGAUGAUUGGAAGGUUAUUCGCAUCUCACCUCCAUCAGCAGCACCAUCUGCUACUACUGCAAAAAAAGUAGUAGGGGACGAUACCUCGGAAACCAAAACCAACGAAUCCAACAAUUCCAGGUCGGGAUUGGUGAUUUACACGGCCUGCCGCACAAUCCGGUGCAAACUCCCCAAUGUCGACCCGGAUACUGGGAUCCGACACCCACGGGAACCGGAUCGGGCGUUGAAGAGUUAUAGACGCAUCGACAAGGGCGAUCUGACAAAUGCUUGUUUGGGAAUGCAGGGGGUUCCGGCCGUGCAGGAAUCCCGGAUUCGGGUUGGAGACGCAGUAUCUGUCUUGGAGACAGGCGAGCAUUGUUAUAUUAAGAUGCUGAAACCAGGUGAAGUUGUGGAGGGGGUUUAA